AUGACGCGCCCGGCACAUGGCCCGCCGCCGGCAAACAAAGCUGCCUUCCGACCACCGCUGUCGCCUGCGUCACGCCUUGCACUUCGUCUCUUCUACCAACGCCAUCCUGGAGCUACGAAAAAUCACCUUGCAUCUAUUAUACACCAGCCUACACACUCAAACACCCAGCCCCAGCCAACCAACCAAACCAGACCCCCAUCUCAGCGACACAGCGCAGCUAUGCCUUCGCCCACGGGCUCUCUGCGCCCAAGCCCGGGCUCAUCAGCGGGAUCGCUGCGAAGAUCCAACGAACAUAAGCUCGCCUCCCCGCCUAGCAUCGCUGUCGAUGCGCUCGUCAACCACCUGCUAGCUGCCAAGCGAUCUCUCUCGUCAAUGAACCUCGUCCUGCAAGCCAACGAGAUUGCCAACUCCGCCCGCAACAUCCACCAAGAAUCUACAAUACUAGCUGCACAUACCACAUUCCUCCGAAAUUUGACCCUUGAUCAAGCAGCUAUUUUGGUCAAAGUCCGCCGAAGCCUACAAGCAACAUAUGAUUUGGGAAACAAGGACUUCAAGGUUCUCGUCCGCGCCAUGGACGAUGCCGAUAGCCAGCUUGAACGCACUAUGGAAAUGCUUCGAGGAACUAUGGUGCAAACUAUUCUGCGCCCCAAAGGUGAAGAACAGAAGAAUCUGUUGGAUUUUGUAGAGGAAGAUAGCGUUUAUGGGCUGCGUGAAGCAAUGAAGAAGAAUAUCCAAGAAUUGCAGGCUAUCCAACAAUCAUUUGAUGGCGACCUACUCCGAUUUGAUACCGAUAUUCGCGAUUUGAAAAAGGCCAUUAUAGACUCAGCGCUGGCGCCGACUACUGACGACGCAAAUACGCCAAGCUCCAUGGCGGAGCUAGUGAUGAGCAUGAUUGACAACUCUUCCGCGAUGGCACAACUUCUAUCCUCGCUUACAAAACAUUUCGACAUGUGUGUUACGGCCAUCCGAACCACCGAAGGUGCCGCUGCUCUAGCACGACGCCGAGCUGCCGAGGUUACGCAGUCGCAGGGCGGCGAUGGUGUCUCCAUCUCUGGCGUCAUUGCAGAGCAAGAAUCCAAUAUGUCAGACCUUGAACCCAAGACCGAGAAAGACCGUGCAGAGAUGCUGCGAGUUGUCGUCCAAGACGCUGAAGAAGUAAACGAUGUCGUUCGCGAAAUCCAGGAUCGAUUAGCGGCCAUAGAAAACGAUUACAGACGGCUCGAGGAAUCCACAUCCCACACAGAGACAGCAUACACAAGUGUUUUGGAAGGAUACACUAUCUUAUCUGGUGUUUCUGAUCGCCUUGCAGUCUAUCUCGCCGCAGGUGAUGAUUUUACAAGUCGUUGGGAAAUCGAGAAAGAAUCGAUAUUUAGUAAACUUGAAGACAUGAAAGGCAUGCGCGGCUUCUACGAAGGUUAUGCUAGUGCAUAUUCAAGCUUAUUACUUGAGGUAGAAAGACGCCGAACAGUGGAUGACCGGGUGAAGGCCAUUUGGCGUACUGCCCAAGAAAGCGUUGACAAGCUUCUCACGGCUGAUCGAGCGUCUCGAGAAGGCUUUCGUCAAGAUGUUGGCGAGUACUUGCCAACAGAUCUAUGGCCAGGCAUGCAUAUGGCUCCUCGUCGUUGGCAGGUGUCUCGAGCAAAGAGCGAGAAGCUUGAUGAAGGCACGUCUUCUCUGAACGAAGAUAGACUACAUCCAGCAAGCGAGGCAAGAAACACCAGCUCUUAGCGUUUUGUAAAGAUUUUUUUAUCUUGUAUUUACCGGUAUAUUUCAUACAGAUUCUUAUGGCAGGCGUUCUUUGGAUUCCCAGA